CGGGCCAGCCAAAGCGAAUCAGUUGCUUUCAGCCGUUCGAUAUUUUCGCAGCUCUGCUUGAACCGCGACCGCGUACCGAAAGAAAACCAGACACUUCCAACCCGGCAAAGGUGUCUGCCAAGAUCGACAUCAGCUCCCGUGUGUGAGUGCGUGUGUGAGUUUUCAAUCCCGAUCGCAUGUUUUAUCGGUCUGGUGUUACCGCGUUUGCGAGUUUGUUAGCCGAAAGCCGGAUGAAUUCGUGAAGUUCCCGGUGAAUUUGCCAUAUCGCGCUCGUCGUUGUUGUGAUUCUGUGUCAAAAUCACCGGUGUAUCAGUGCUGCUAGAAGAGGAGUGAGGAGCCAAAAAAGGCUCGUGUGUGUGUGUGUGUGGGUGCUUAGUUGGGGAGCCUUUUCUGGCCCAGGACCUCUGAGUCCUGUGUGUAUUGAGGAAGCUUGGUGCGCUGCCGGAAACCGCCACCAAAAAGCGUAUUUCAUCUUGUGCUGCCAGUGAAAAGUAAAGGAAAAUUCUUAUCAAUUUGUAGUGAUUGUGAUUUUAAGGCUUUUCAAUCACACAUCAGUGUUGUAGGUCGAUUCACAAAGUAACUGCUUCCAUUUGUACGUGUGUUCCCAAGCGUCGCCCAGGUACAGACGUUUGCAGUUUUGAAAAGCAGAUCCGUUCACUCAGCGGUGGCCCAGAACAAAUGCGCUGACCCUUGACCUCAAACCCUUGGCACGUCGGCAAAGCACAGACUUAUCGUUUACGGUGUAUCAGCGGUGUUUUGAAAUCUGUAAGCAGACCUUCCCGGUUUUUGCCCCUGGCGUACGAAACACGAUAUCAAACGGAUUGAAACGGCCCCCAUCCGGUUAAAAGGAUUCAAAAACGAGGACGCGCGCUCGCCACAUUUUUCUGCCCUCGCUUAUAAACGCGCACAUCGAAGCAAGCGAUAGGAGCCCAGAAGAAGGUGUACCGCCAUCAUCGUCAUCCAUUUUCAAGCGGGGGAAUCAACGCGAAACACGACCCCAAAGUCGGGAGAGAAAAAAAGGAUAUACACACACGUAAACAGCAGCCAGCUGGGAAGAAAAUUUGUAGCCACUCGCAAGUAGCGGCGGGUUCUGUGAAAUAAUUUUAAUUAAAUUCACUUCACGUCGUGCCGACCGAAGAGGGGCCUCUCUCUGUUACACACCAGCAGAACAGUUUGGCGCGUACACUAAACCUUCAAUUAGUUCGCCACUGGCAGACGACGGGGUGUGGUAGUAUCCUUUUACUGUUAAACCCCAACCGUCCGGAAAAGGGUAAGGGACGCUGUUUGCAAUUACCCCAACGGAACCCCCGGAAACCGUCCGGAUGAUAUUUCAGUGAGCGUGCCGUAGUGUGGAUAGAUAUACUGUGGCUACUUGGAUCGUGGUACGGGAAAGAUUACACCUUCCGCUUUGAUUUAUCCCCACCCCUGCGUGUCAUGAUGGAAUCGAAAGCUCUACUCCUAGCCACACUUUGCCUGCUCGCCGCCUGCCUGGCAGUGUCGGGCGCUAACGACACGGACCGGCCGAACCGGCGGUACAAGCGCAAGUACGGCAUGUGUCCGCCCAAGUUCACUAGCAUCAGCAACGAGUGCUACUACAUAUCCCCGAACAAGCUGAACUGGCUCGAUGCGUACUUUGAGUGUAAGGACCACAACAGCAAGCUGGCGGAACCGAUGAUGUACGAGGACAAGGUGCUCCGGCGAACUCUGCAGAAAAUGGGCUUGCGAGAAGACCUCUGGAUCGGUGGCAACUACAACUGGAAGCUGAAGAAAUGGCAGUGGGGCCACAAUGGGCGCGAAAUCGAGUACCAAUCGUUCAGCCAAAUGGUGCCUAGGAGCAGCCAGGAUUUGACCUUCCACUGUGCACUGCUUAAAGCCGACAUCAAGUUUAGAUGGUCGGCCGCAGCGUGCACAGACAAAAUGAACUACAUCUGCCAGCACCGAAUGCCGCUCGUGUCCGAGAUGGGCCGCAGCCUAGUGUACGAAAAGUGGAACAAAACCUACCCGAACGAGCGGGCCAACGAGAAGCUGGUGUACAUCGUGAGCGAAGGCAACAACCGUACGCAAAGCGAGUACGGUAAACCGCGCCUGUAUAACAGCGUCAAGCGCGUGAUGCAAUCGAAUCCCUCGAUCCGGCCGGCCCAUCGGCGCCGAGCAAAUCGUCCGAAGAAGCCUGUCGCCGCUCCGACCGCCGCCGACCGGCGCACCUACAUCCCGCCGGAAGUGGUCGGCCGCAAGCAGCAUCUCGCGCAGUACGCUCCGGACGCGUCGAACGACAUCAACACGAUCGAUAACGGACACCGAAACGGUGGUGGUGGUGGCGGUUGGGGAGGUUCCUAUCAUUCCGCCGCACGCUUCAACGUAGACUUUAGCCCGCGCAAUGGCAGGACGCGUGAACCAAGCUUCCCGCGCGGUCACCGAAUGCGCACCGGAGAGGAGCAUCGCCUGCCGCAUCAGCACCGUCACCAGCCGGGUGCGCACAAGCCAACCAAGAGGACGCAGCAGUACUAUGUGCCAGCGUAUCCGCCAACUACUACUACCAGUGCUGCACCGCCUACUACCACCACAACGACUACCAGCACUACUACUACUACCACUACAACGCCACCACCAACAACAAGACCGAACGCAGCACGACUACCAUCCGCACACCACACCACCCGAUACGCGAACCGCUCGAUGACGUCGCAGGAAAAGCAAGCGAGCCGCGAUUUUCUGCGCAAACGGCUGCAGAAGCUGACGCCCGAGGAGCAGCAGGCCUUCUUCCAGACCCGUGCCAUGCGCAAGAAGCUGAAGGAGCAGAAGCUGCUCAAGCUAAAGCUCGAGCGGGCGAACGAGGUAGUGCCGUAAGGUGGUACCCCGUACCAGCACACUAAACACAAGCAAGAUAGUAUACACACUAGUUUCUAGACGAUAGCGCGAAAAAAAUGGACAAAAAUGGUCGGUCCAGUGGUGUCUCAACCGCAGACCGUGCACACUCCCGCUUUGGAGUGAACCAAGCAAGUCGCACCGUCGUCUAGAAAUAGUGUAAAUGAAUACGCCUUUCUCCUGGAGUAGGCAAAACUCAAGCAGAAUAACAAUCGAGGAAAAGGAACGGAACGGCGAUACAUAUCCCAAAACCCGUUUUUUGGAACAAAGAACCCGAACUAGUAGUACCGCUGCUACUACUACACAUCCCGUAAACACACCAGAGGUGUGCUUUUGGAACAGAUUACUACUACUAUUACUACUACAACCUGCAUCUAAUUUUCUGAAGCAGUUCUUCACUUAGUUCUUAGAGUAAAGUUGCACCUAAGCAGAAACAAAAAAAACCGCCAUCUAGCCAAAAACAAAAAAAUCUCCAAUUUCUAAUGCAAUUUGCACACUGCGCUUUUCACUGGGAUAAGUCUUUUGUGGUUCUUCGUGUCUUGUACAUUGCCAACGCUACCUAGUAGCAAGCGCAUGAGAGAUCUGAGCUGCGAACCACCAACUACGAUCGAGCAGAGCUAGAGUUUUAGUGCGUUUAAGAAAUGUAAAAUGGUGAAUUCGACGUUCGAAUAAACAAAAAAAAACACGCAACAACAGGCCAAAUUGUCACCCUCAAUAUAGUCUUUCGGCGUAUUAGAAACACAAUCUCGUUCCAGGAAACUACUAUUAGCAGAAGCAGGUUAAUAAGGUUAAACACUAAACAAUGCCACUAAACCACACCUGGUAGAAUUUGUGACCAAACUGAGGAAUAAAGUAUAACAUUUAAAAAAAGGGAAUCUGUUUGCAGAAAGGGAUUCUCCCUCUCGAAGAACCUCAAAACAAAGAUGAAAACAAGAGAACAAAUGUUUCACUAUUUGGUAGAACAAACUAGCGAAUAGAGAGAGAAAGAGAGCAAGGAAGAGAGAGAGGAAGCGUACGUUUAAAUGGCGAAGAGAAUUUAUAUACAGAUGCUCCUUUUAUCUUCUCCUUUUUUCCUGUUUAAGAAUAGUAUACUAACACAGUUGAUAGCACAGAGGAAAAAGGGGUCAGCUUUUGAGAUGAAAGCAGUUCAAAGAGGCGUGGAAUGAUUGCAAGAAAAUUGACGAACACAGCUGACCAAUCCUCGUACCGAUGUACAGAAGAAGUAAGUCUAACAGAAGAGUAGCGCUUAAUUUCUAAUUGCCAUGCUAUUUACUACUUAUAUUACCUUAUGCAACCACUACUAUAAUUAUCUCUAUAUUGUUUAUGUAGUUUACUGUUCCUACUUUUGUGAAAGUGUUUGCACGUGUUUGCAAAACCAAAUGCAAACAGCGGGUUUGGUUCAUGAUUGCGAGAAUUUCCGGAAAAUUAAUACGAAUAUGAAAACAAAAAUUAUAAGCAACUCGCACGAAAAACAAAAACAAAAACAAAAGCCGGAACCGGUUUCCCCGUUUCUCUACAAACUACAAAGUUAAAAACGCCAAACGCGAAAGCAUAAACUAUUUGUAAUUUACUACCUAUAAUAAUAUACAAAACACAAACGGAUGUAUUUAAAGUGAAAGGGCAAAGAACAGUAAAACAAAACAGUGGGACAGAGAGUAUUGCACAGCAAGCGUAUGUGUCACACCAGGGUGGGGAGUUCGUUCUCACCGUCGCGAGGGAAUCAAUCUAGUUAGCCGUUGCGUAUAUGUGUGGUUAGUUGGAGGACGCCGCGGAUGAUGACGUUUAAAGAUUAGAGCAAAAUGAAAGUUGCGUAUAGAUUAUAAAGUGUCCUGCGCACAAACUGCUUGCGCACGGGAUGAUUAUCCGUUUGCAACAACAAAAACAUGAGAAAAGAAAACACAUUUAAAAAGUAAGCUCACAAUACAACGAUUUAAAACGAAGAAGUAAAACAAAUUUCCCCUUUCAGCUCAUAAUAAGGUUCAGUUUAUGCAGUACAGGAUUUAAAAAGAAAAACAACAAAAACCCUUUUAGAGUAUAGCACACCACACAAUCAUGCAAUAUCCAACACGAAGAACAUGUCCCGGAAGGAAUUUGGGGCAUUGGCAAACUCGGUUUUACACAGCAAGGCAUACACUACCCACUGAUUGAAAUAAAGUAUUACUUGAGCGAUUGCGUGUGCGCGCGCGCCACUUACUGCGUUCGUUUGUUGAGCACACGCGGGAUGAGCGUAACGCGCCAAAAAUGGGUAAGUGCAUUUGCAGGACAGCAAAACGAUAAAGCAAUAAAUGGAACAGAUUUGUGAAAACGA